GUGCCUAGCGGUGCAGUCCGACCAAGCAAAGUAGAGCAGGUCCGGCAGAUUGUAAAGCUAGCCAAUGUCUACAAAGUCCCAUUGUGGACUGUUUCCCGGGGGAAAAACUUGGGAUACGGCGGAUCGGGCUCGGUGACCAAGGGGUGUGUAAUCCUCGAUCUUCAACAGAUGAAGAACAUUAUGGAAGUGAAUGAGGAAUACGGAUACGCUAUUGUUGAACCAGGAGUGUCUUUCUUUGAUCUUUUCAAUGAAAUCCAACGAAGAGGGUUUAAUCUCUGGCCCUCCGUCCCAGCAAUGGGAUGGGGGUAA